UCAGUUUCGAAAAUUCGAAAACAAAAGUUUUGUAGAAUAUUAAAAAGAAUUUUCACAAAAUAUAAAAAUCAACUUUUAACUCCAUUGAACAGCGUUAAUUAAGCUAAAAAUGUCUUUGCAAAACUUCUUCUUUGGCGAUCUUGAGGAAGAUCCAAUAUUUGGACAUCAAAUGCGCCAGAUGAGACAAAUCACAAAUAGUCUGUUCAGUCAUGAUCCAUUUAAUAUGUUUGGAAUGGGUGGUAUUGGUGGAAAUAUGGGUUUAAUGCCUGCUGCACGAUUUGCUCCAAUGCCAACAAUGAAUCGGCUUCUAGCAUCGCCUUUUCAAAUGGGUCAUCCAUCAUCAUCAUCUUACAGUACGAGUAGCAGUGUAUUUUGUAUGUCAAGUGAUGGAAGUGGUCAGCCACAAGUUUAUAAAGAGACUAGUUCUAUAAGAACAGGACCAGAUGGUGUUAAAGAAACACGAAGAACUGUCGAAGACUCAACAUCAGGUACACGAAAAAUGGCUAUUGGGCAUCAUAUUGGAGAACGUUCUAGAAUUCUUGAAAAGGAACAGAAUGUAAGAACGGGACAGAGAGAAGAACGAGAAGAGCUUAUUAAUCUAGAAGAUUCUGAAACUGAAGAUUUUGAAAGAGAUUUUGAGCAAAAAGCUCGCUCAAACUACUCAAAUCGUCGUCAUCAUUUACAAAUAGAAGAAAUUGGAACUGAGCCAUUGCCAGCUAUACAAUCCGUUGACGACUAUCAUCGUAAUAGAGUAUCUUCUCCACGACGGGCAAUUAGAUCAUCUCCACUUGCACUUCCAACAGCCUCGUCUAGGUCGUCUCACAAUGAAUCAAGUCUUCUACACCCUCAUCCACAUCCACAUCCAUAUUCUUCAACCACAAGUUCACGUAAGCAUCAAAUGAAGAACAGUAACAGCAGUAGUAGUAGCAGCAGCAGCAGUCGUAAGAUAAAAGGCCAUCUCAAUCAUCAUUAAGCCUCUUAAAUUUGCGGGUUGUUUUUGCCUAAAAAAAGCGUCGAUGUCUCAAUUAAAGUAAGUACGAUAAAAAUUGAAAAUGGGGCGAGAGAGAGUGAGAGAGAAUUAAUUAUUAAUUACUUAAGAUAUCAUUUUUUUCUUUAUUUUUUUACUUUAAAAAUUAUAAGGGAUUAUGUUGUGCGAGAGAUGAAAAAGCGAAAAUAAAAAAGAGCUUUUUAAGAAAAUCUUAAUUACAAAAUGAAUUAUGCAGAAGGGAGUAUGUGU